AUGCAAAAAUGUUACACGACUGAAAAGGCACCUAGUAGUAAUUUUCGAUUAUUAGAUCACCCAAUUACAGAUUGUACGCGGGUAGUUGAGGAAAAAAAAAUGCAAAUAAAAAAUAAAACCGAAA